UGGACGGCCGCCGUAACGGCCGCGCGUAUAGGCAGCGCACGCGCAUCGGCGCUUGCACUACGAACCACGAAACACGAUACGAGUGACGAUCGAUAAGACCGUGAUAAAAACCGCAGUGUUUGUAAAUUCCGUAGCCGAAGCGAGUCAUGCAACUGUUGAUACGAAAAUGUUAACACGGCUAGCGGUGUGAAAAAUUGAUAAAAAUGUGUAACAACAAUAAUAAAAUGGCGAGCGGUAAGUUUGGACUGAAUGUUAAGAAGGACAAAGUGAACUCGACAGAGGCUAACAAGACUGAGUUUAGUGUUAAGGAAAAAUGUCGCAAGUUGCAGAAGAAACUUAAGAAGACUGAUAAAAAGAAGACUGAAUCUAGUUCCAAGGAAAAGACGAUUUGGUGGAAUCAAUGCAGCAGCUUAAGCGAAAUAGACCAGUACCUAUGGAUGGUUGGUGGUUCGGCCGGUGCUUUAGCGCUCACAGGAGUUGCGGCCGCUUCAGCAUUCUAUCUCAGUACGCGUCCGAAGCCCGAAAAACCUUUGGUCACGUUACAUGAACAGAGCUUGCUUGAACCGGGUCCCGAAAUGGUCCGUGUAUCGAAGUUCUACAAAGAAGCGAAGAAUGGUCGGUUUCUGCGGUAUCUACACGAGGACACACGCACACUUUACGAAACUUUCCGUCGAGGCGUUAAAGAAUCAAAUAAUGGCAACUGUCUUGGUUGGCGUGAGGGACCAAAUAAGCCUUACGUGUGGCAAACGUACAAUGAAACCCUGCUGCGAGCUAAAAACUUCGGCUCAGGCCUUAUAUGCCAAGGUCUCACCCCAGGCCAGGGAACCUUCGUAGGUAUAUACGCCCAAAACUGCCCAGAAUGGAUCAUGGCUGAACAAGCUGCCUACUGUUAUUCAAUGGUUAUAGUACCUUUAUACGAUACUUUAGGAGCUAACGCAUGUGCCUUCAUUAUUAAUCAAACGGAAAUGACCGUAGUUGUAUGUGAAGACGAUAAGAAAGCCAAUCUCUUACUCGACCAAUCACCGCGGUGCUUACGUAAGCUGAUCACGAUAAAGGAAGUCUCUCCGUCGACACACCAAAGGGCAAAAAGCCGAGGUGUGGAAAUUGUUAAGUUCAGCGAUGUCGAGAUUCAAGGAGCUCAUAAAGAUCAUCCUUGUGUUCCACCAAAACCAGAAAAUCUCUGCACAAUUUGCUAUACGUCGGGCACGACUGGUAUGCCGAAGGGUGUGAUGCUGACUCACGAGAACGUGGUAGCGUCCAUGUGCAGUGUGAUCAUGCAGCUCGGGGAACAUCGUCCUACGAAGCACGACGUUAUGAUCUCUUUCCUACCUCUUGCGCAUAUGCUUGAGCGGUGUUGCGAGAAUGCUCUCUAUAUGGUAGGAGGAGCCGUCGGGUUUUACAAUGGCGAUAUUAGAAGACUAGGUGAGGACCUAACUGCCCUAAAACCGACCAUGAUGCCAGCCGUACCGAGACUGCUCAACCGAUUAUAUGAUAAAGCGCAGAGUGAAAUAUCAAACUCAAAGAUAAAGAAGUUACUGUUUAAUAUGGCAUUAUCUGCGAAGGAAUCUGAACUCAAAAGGGGCAUAAUCCGCGGCGACUCCGUCUGGGACAAGCUGGUGUUCCGCAAGGUGCGCGAGGGCAUGGGCGGGCGCCUGCGCAUCGUCGUGGUGGGCUCCGCGCCGCUCGCCGGGAACGUGCUCACGUUCGCCCGCUGCGCGCUCGGCUGUCUGAUCGUGGAGGGCUACGGUCAGACUGAGUGCACUGCGCCGGUGACUUUGACUGUUCAGGGUGACCACGUGCCGGAACACGUCGGGCCUCCCGUCGCUUGUUGUAAAGUGAAGCUAGUGGAUGUUCCCGAGAUGGAGUACUACGCGGCGCAGGGACAAGGUGAGGUGUGUGUGCAGGGGGCCAACGUGUUCAAAGGGUACUUCAAGGAGCCCGACAAGACGCGACAGGUCAUCGACCAGGACGGUUGGCACCACACGGGAGAUGUUGGAAAGUGGCUACCUAACGGUACGUUGAAAAUUAUCGACAGAAGAAAACACAUUUUCAAGCUGUCACAAGGCGAAUAUAUAGUUCCUGAAAAAAUAGAAAACAUUUAUAUUAGAAGUCAAUACGUUGAACAAGUUUUCGUGCACGGUGAAUCUUUAAAGUCAUGCGUAGUAGCGAUCAUCGUGCCUGAUGUCGACGUAGUGAAGUGCUGGGCGCUCGAAAACGGAAUCCAGGGCACGUUCUCGAAGCUCUGCGACGACGAGCGCGUCAAGAAAAUGAUCCUCGAAGACAUGCUGCAGUGGGGGCGGAACGCGGGGCUCAAAACCUUUGAACAGGUAAAGGAUAUAUACCUACAUCCCGACCCGUUCUCAGUGCAGAACGGUCUCCUGACUCCAACGAUGAAGGCAAAGCGACCGGAGAUCAGGAACUACUUCAAACCACAAAUCGACGACAUGUACAAUAAACUUGAAUAACAAUAGCUCGUUCUGUUAAAUGAUAUUGUUCAUGACAAAAGUAAAGUCCGUGUCGAUUAAAAAAAAAAGAUUACUUCAUAGUCAUCCGAAGGAUGAUAAACUCGCAUAGUUGUAUGUUAAUUAAUGAAAGUAUGUCGUUUAAGUGAUUCUUAAUUUACGCUACCUACUUGUUGGUUAGUAAAAUUUUUAAACAAUUCGACAUUUCUUUUAGAUAUUAGAAACAUCUUGAAAUUAUUUUAAGAGUAUCCGAGUGAAUAUUAUGUAAUUGUUUACAAUAAAAAAAAAAACGACUAUGAUUUUGAUUGGUCGAGAAUAUGUCUUUUAGUAGCGUUAAGCUUGUAAUAUCUAAGUCACUUUUCUAUAAAAGCUUACAUUGCUUGUCAAGAAGUACAGUCCCGCCAAAAUUGUUUUCACGAUGAGAAUAUAUAUAAAAUUUGUAUUAUUAUAUAAAAUAAUUGUAAGUCUAUAACAAAUUUUCAUUAGGAACAGAAUCAUGAAGUGAAUAUAGAAGUAGAUACGAUUCCGAAAUAGCGUCUUUAUACAAUGGCAAUAAUUAAAGAAACGACGGUUUCUGGUACAGUCAAUUAUACAAUUUUAAACAAUUAUAUUUAUCGUGUUUUAAGGAUCCGACUUUGAAUACAAUUAAUUUCCAUUAAUUUGAAUUAUUUCAUGGAUAAUUUUAAUUUGUAUUCGUAGCGAGUUGUAGCCUGAAUUGACGAAACAAAUGAAUUAUAAUUAUUAAAAAAAAAAAAAACAAUCUCCGACGACCUUUCGAAAAUGUAAUACUCAAAUUUUACUAUAAUUUCGUAUUAUAAGUUGUUAGUUUAAACUACAAAGAUUUAAGAUAAUUUGAUGAAAAUUUUUAGAAAAAAAAAACAAUAAAUUGUAUGGACAAGUAUAAGUAUUUAAAAUCUUGUGUCACGUGUGAAAGGUUAUUUAAUAUGCGUUUUAUAACGAUUUGUAACGAUAUUGACGAAGUUUUUUAGGCCAAUGAUGUAGGUAAAAUUUAUUAGGUAAUAACUGCUUCAACAAUUACUGUAGGAAACCUUGAGCAAUAUUGUAAAGAAUUUAAAAACGUUUAUUUAUAAGUUACUCAUUAAAGGCAUAAUAAUUGUCUUAACAGACCGAUACAUAAUUUACGCGUCUGAAAAAAAAAGGUCUUCAAAGGUUGCCAGCAUUAAAAAUAUUGCCGAAAAAUCGUAAUAAUAUUAAAUUAAUGUCAUAAUAUGAUUUUUAGAAGAACAUUUCGUUGCGUAUCAAGCCCAUGGUUUUUUCUUGCUCUCUGCUAAGCCAUAUGUUAUCUGUGGUGACCACACUAACGGCGUACCUUAAAGGGUCACGUGGUCGUCUGUAUUAUUAGUUUUAGAAUUAAAACAGGCGAAUGUUUCGCCUUACAACAAAAUUUACGAUAUAAUUGAUUUAAGCAAUUUUUUUUUUCUAGAUUUAUUUUUCUUUCUCGUGUGUACUAAGUUGUAAUGUCAAUGAACGAAUCUCUUUUAUGAGUUGGGUGAUUGAAAUGAGAUUUCCACAACUUAAUGUAACUCAAAGUCUACUGUCCACUGAGCUAUGGCUAGUGUAAGAGAUUAAAUCUAAGCUUGCGUUAAGGAAGCGAAUUAUAUUAAAUUAUCGUUAGUAACUUUCAGUGGAGAGUACACUUAAAUUAAAAAGUAGUUAACAGCACCGCUUAGAUUAUUUUGUAUUCUCUAUCGUUAAGGUACAUGCUUUGAGCGAACGUUACGGUUUCAUAUUGUUCAAACCAAAAUUUUGUUGUUAUUGGUGCAAGUUGUACUACGAUAAUUUAUUUUUAAAUAAAACUUAUAAAAUUAU